AAUGACAUCUACGAAUGGGUUCGCGACCAUCGAACGCACCACAAGUACUCGGAGACGGACGCCGAUCCGCACAACUCCAAACGGGGCUUCUUCUUUGCCCACGUCGGCUGGCUGCUCUGUCGGAAGCACCCGCUGGUGAAGGAGAAGGGCGCUCAGAUUGACAUGUCAGACGUGUGGGCGGACCCGCUGGUUCGCUUUCAGCGUCGCUUCUACAUUCCCCUCGUCCUGCUCGUUUGGGGCGUCUUUCCCGUCUCGGUGCCGGUCUACUUUUGGAGCGAACCAGUGAUGGCCAUGGUUUUCGGCAACUUCUUCCGCUACAUCGUCUCGUUGCACCAGGCGUGGCUGGUCAACUCGGCGGCCCAUCUCAGCGGUGGGCAGUUCUACGAUAAGGCGUUGCAGCCGAGGGAGAAUCGGCUGGUCACCUAUCUCUCUAUGGGCGAAGGCUACCACAACUACCACCACACCUUUCCCUGGGACUACUCGGCGAGUGAGCACGGCUGGAGAGACAACUUCAACCUCGCCACGGCCUUCAUCGACCUCUGCGCCGCCCUCGGCCUGGUCACCGACCGUCGGGUGGUGUCGAAGGCGGUGGUGGAGGCGCGCAUCGCCCGCACCGGCGACCGCUCCCUCCUCCCGCCCUACUACGCCGCCGACC